AGUUCAUGACGGUUUAUUGUUAGUCUAUUAUAAUAACCUAUACAAAACAACAACCACCUUGGCAUUAGUAGCCAACAAUGAGCAACCAUUAAUCAGAAUUUUUCUGAAUUCGAUUUCUAUACGUGCACAGCUAGGCCACAUCAGCUGACUACAGAAACUUCAACUCCCAUGUUCCUGGGAAAGUUAUGAAACAGAUCCGGGUUUUCCAUGUGAACCCCUGAAAAGUGGAGAAACUUCUUUGUCAAACGUUGUAUUUUUACGUAGCGUGAUGAAAAGCUCAUCGUCCAUGUUUCAGAAUGUCUGGAGGAUCUGCAAUUUAUUAAUGUCGCUGUUUUUUGGAUUAGCGACCUAUGUGCAGAUUAACGACCCGGAUGCAGGAUUGUGGAUGGCUGGGUAUGCCAUUCCAGCGAGUUUGACCCUAAUCCUUAGCUGGCGUCCAUACAUAACAGAGACUUUAAUCUGGCGAAGAUUAGCUGAUCUCUAUGUGCUUAUUGGUACUACUUUUUGUGCCAUGUUGGCAUGGAUACUUUUCAAAGAAGGUAUCAUAAAUAUUUUCCAACAAGAGGAGGGAAGAGAAUUUUCUGGUCUCAUGUUAGCGGUUACCUGGCUUCUCUUGUGUAGGCAUUCAGGAAGGGAUGAAAUUGGAAUGGUCAGAUUGUCCACUGCUGUUGGUAUCACAAUAUUUCCAUUUGUGGCUUGGCUAUACUACUACAUCAACACGGAGCUGAGCGCCAACUGGCCCGCACACUGUAAAACAUCACUCUAGGACUGACCAGUCAACUGGCCCUCACACUGUAAAACAGCACUCUAGGACUGACCAGUCAAUAGACAUGGCCAUCUGCUUGGGCAAACUCUUUAAGGGACUAGAAUGUCAGGCAUUGUAUUGUAUCAUGUGUGCACAGAGAUAUUUCAUCAAUACACACAUACAUGGUUUUGUACAUAUGGAUUUGUAUGUAAAGCUAUUGACAUGAGUAUCAAUAAAAAUACAACCUUGUGAAAAAAA